AUGUUUUGUCGGCUAAGUGGUGCCACUCUCACAAGACUUUCUCUCAAAAGUCCAGCUUUCUUUGCAAGAACCCUUUCAGUCAUGGUUAACAAGACAUUCCUUGCUGACCACAAGGCGCCUCUGGUCAUGCUGAGUGCGAAGGACUUUUUCGCUCAGCUCACCAGCCAAGAAAAACUAUAUGCUCACUAUAUGUCCAAAGCGUCGCACGCAGGCUCCAGGGUCGUGCUCAGACAGGUGUCUCACGAAAGUGAGAGUAUCUACGAUCUGAUCAUGCAGAUUCACCACCAAUUGGAUGGCAAAUACCCUGAAGGAGAGGAAUGGGACUUGUACAUGGAGUAUGUGGCUCAAUUCCUAUCGAACUUGGGCAACUACAAGUCGUUCGGAGACUUGAAGUUUGUGCCGCGCUGUUCCCCGGAGUUUUUCUUUGAAUUGCUAAAGUUGGCCAAAGUAGACAAAACUACGAAACCUUCCACUGCUUCUUGUCCUUAUGCCACCUGGGAAGAGGUCGUGAAUAAGGGUGUGUACUACGUGGACGACAAAUCUGCGCUACUGGGAUUCCCUUCUGAAGGGCACCGUUCAUCGUACUACUUCGGUGAUGUCUCGCCAGCAGACAUGAGAUUGCUAAAGGACGAAGUCUUCGGUAAGUUCAAGAUCCUCCCAGAAAACACGAGAGUUCACAAACUUGCAAACAACACGUUCGAAAUCCUUGUGGCGUCUAGAACUCCAGAAAAUGGAGCCUCGGAAUACCCGGCCGAACCAAUUGAGCUAAGCGAUGGCUCUCGGGCCAUUUUCAAAUUCGGAGAUCAUUCUCGCGAAAUGGCCAAAAUCGUGCAGUUCUUACAAAAAGCCCAGGGCUACGCGGCCAAUGAGACACAGGAGAAAAUGCUCGAGCAGUACGUCAAACAUUUUCAAACUGGUUCUUCCCAUGCCCACAAGGAAUCUCAAAAGCUUUGGGUCAAAGACUUGUCGCCGGUUAUUGAGACCAACAUUGGCUUCAUAGAGACCUACAGGGAGCCCUCAGGCAUCAUUGGAGAAUUCGAGUCAUUGGUGGCAAUCAAGAACAAAGAACGGACAGAGAAGUUCUCUAACAUGGUCAAAAGUGCUGGUAAGUUCAUCUCCAUGUUGCCUUGGGACGCCGAAUAUGAAAAGCCUAAAUUCCAGCCACCUGAUUUCACGUCUUUGGAGGUUUUGACGUUUGCGGGUAGCGGUAUUCCAGCAGGCAUCAAUAUUCCCAACUACGAUGACGUGAGACUAAAUGUGGGUUUUAAAAACGUUUCGUUAGGCAACAUUUUGAGCUCCUCCUUGGGAUCCAAGAUGCCAGUAACUUUUGUCAACGAGGAAGACCGCAAAGUUUUGGACAAGUACCAAACGGACUCCUUCGAGGUCCAGGUCGGAAUUCACGAAUUGCUGGGUCACGGCUCCGGCAGAUUGCUAAGUGAACUUGAUGACGGUACUUUCAAUUUCGACAAGGAAAAUCCGCCUUUGGGGGUCGACGGCAAACCUGUGACCACGUACUACAAAAAAGGUGAGACUUGGGGGUCCAAAUUCGGUCAGUUGGCCGGGGCUUUUGAAGAAUGUCGUGCAGAAGUCAUUGCCAUGUAUUUGAUCACCAACCGUGAGUUAUUGGAGAUUUUUGGUUUCAAAACCCAAGAGGACCAGGACAACAUUAUUUAUGCAGGCUUCUUGCAGAUGGCUCGCGCUGGUCUACUUGCACUAGAAUUCUGGGAUCCAUCCACUCAGAAAUGGGGACAACCUCACAUGCAGGCUAGAUUCUCCAUCAUGAAGACGUUUUUGAACCAUACCAGCGACGACGGAUUUUUCCAGCUUUUGUACGGUAAAGAUGACUUCUCCGACCUGCAACUCAGCCUCAACCGCUCCAUGAUAGAAACGGUCGGUCAUGCCGCUAUUAAAGAUUACUUGACUCAUCUGCACAUCUACAAAUCUUCCGGAGAUGUCGUCGCCGGAAGCAAGUACUUUAUCGACCGAAGCACCGUUGAUCCUGAUCUCGCCAAAUUCAGAAAAAUCGUGUUGGACAAGAAAUUGCCCAGAAGGCAAUUCAUUCAAGCCAAUACAGUUUUGGAGGAUAAAGAAGUUAUCUUAAAUGAGUACGACAGUACUCCUCAGGGUAUUCUCGAGUCAUUUGUGGAGAGGGAAGUGUGA